AUGACAGUACAGGAUUUGAUUUUGGAUCAUAAUUGGAAUAUCUCUUCUGAAAUGCAACCUUACAUAAUCUCCUCUCUUCCAGCUAUUAGUGAUGUAGAAGACAAGUUAAUCUGGUGUGGAGAUCCUAAGGGUCAAUUUACAACUCUCUCAGCAACUGAUAAGAUAAGGCAUAGAGAACCUGUUCUUUCUUGGCCUUCUAAAAUCUGGAAGCCUUUUCUGCAUCCUGGUAUAUCAAGCAAUAUUUGGAAGCUCAUUCAAGGAAUCUACAUGGAUGAUCAAAAGAAGGUGCAACAAGGUUAUUGUGUUGUCUCCAUGUGUUGUAUCUGCAAACAGAGCCAGGACAGUAUGGAACAUCUUCUUUGGUCUUGCAGUUUCAACAAAGCUAUUUGGCAGUGGUUAGGUAAUACCUUUCAAUUCACAACUCCUACUUCUUUUGAUGAUGUUUUUCAAUUUUCAAAACACAAAAGCCCCCUUGUCAGAGAAGUAUGGUUAACUGCUGCUUUUGCUACCUUGAGAGAACUCUGGUUCCAAAAGAAUAAGAAGUUCGUUGAGAAUGUACAGCCAAAUUUAAAUAGAUUCAAGAGUAGAAUCUUAAGUCUGGUUCACUAUGGAAGCUAUAGAAUGCAGGGUAUUAGAUGGCAUCAUGAUUAUGACUCUCAGAUUCUUCAUUUAUUUCACGUAUCUGGCUAA